AUGUCUGCUUCGAAAACCUGCCGAGCAGCCCGGUUGGCCGCGAAAACUGAGCUUAUGGCUACGACUCAUCUCAAGAAUAUAGAAAUCGGGAAGCGCUCUAUACGUCUCUUCGUCUCGCCCGCGCCAGUCAAUUUUGCUGAGAGACGCUCUGUUUUGAGAGCGCUUGAACAAUAUGGCCCAGUAGAGUUCUUCAAGCUCAUGCCGGGUCAAGGUUCUGCCUUCAUAUCACUGAUGAAAGAAAGUGAAGCUGCCACCAAAGCCGUCUCUUCAAGCCCAGUCAACAUUACCGUUCCUUCAUCCUGCAAGGUGCCAAGGUCUGUUGUGAAAGUUGACGGGCUAAAACCGCGCUUUGAAAAGCAGCCUUCGCAGUCUUUUAGGUCAGAAGACAGCAAAUUUGUCAUCGAAAUAACGGAGUCCCCCGCAUAUAAUCAUAAGGGCAGCUCCAGCUCGUUUCUCGCGAGCGUCUGGCCAGACUUUGUCACAAAAAAUAAGACUCUUGCUUCAGAAACUCUGCAACAGUCGCUCCCUAAUAGUAUCGCAGCUAGGGGCUUGAGCCAUUGGGCCGUUGAUUUCGGACACGAACCAGCAAUGGAUUCCAGAAAGAUUGACAGAUUAGAAACCCGCAAUUGGAUUCCAACGAAGAUAAAAACACCGCCUAGAAACCCAAUACCGCAGGCAGUGGGAGAAUGGGUGCGUCGAGAACAUAUACUGCCCCGCCAGCAAUUAAGGACGGAUGAGCAAGCGACGCGUACCACUCCCGAAGACCAAGACAUCUGA